AUGUCCAGAUGGUCAUUGUUUAGCAAAAUAUUCCACAAGCUUGGAUUCGAACUUACGAACAAGGAAAUCUCAGACAUUGUCAGCAGCAAACCACUGAUCAUCGAGAAGGUCCUGUUUUAUAUUCUCGACAACUUGACCUCCUGGACUGACAGGAAACCCAAAGUCCCCGGUCCUCUGAAUUAUUAUAUUGAAGGCCCUAAGGAAUACGACAAAAAGGGGGACUACGUGGACAGAGGGCACUACAGUCUGGAGACACUGACCUAUCUGCUUCUCCUGAAGGCUCGUUCGCCAGGAAACAUAAUUCUUCUUCGAGGCAACCAUGAAAGUCGAGGAAUCACGAAGGUCUACGGAUUUUACGGUGGAGGUAUCGCAACAUUGCUAGACGAAUGCCUCAACAAGUACGGGAAUUCGUGUGCCUGGCGACACUGCUGGAUUAAGUACAUGUUUGACAAUAAGGUGUUGACCGUGUGGUCUGCCCCCAAUUACUGCUACCGUUGUGGUAACCAGGCUGCCAUCGUUCGCUUUAAUGAGGAUUAUUCUCGUGAUAUUAAAGUGUUUGAUGCUGUCCCGGACGAGGACAGAGUAGUGCCACAAGGAAUUGUUACUCCUUAUUUUAUAUAA